AUGUCUUCUUCACCAUAUCUUACUCUCCUCUUCAUUUACUAUUUCACAUAUCCAACACUUUCUUCUGAUCCCGGAGCAACAAAAGUUCUCUUACUAUGCACAAACAAAACCGCAACCUCAAUGCCAUUCCGCAAACUUUUUAUAUCAAACUUCCUCUCAGCAAUGGACUCCUUAACUCCCUUAAUAGCAAAACAACAAUACGCCGCCGUCUCAAACGGAGCACGAAACGCCACCGUUUUCGCCUACGGCGAGUGCAUAAAAGACCUCUCUCAAUCAGAUUGUAACAUAUGCAUCGCACAGUGCAAAACACAGAUCCUAAGCUGUUUGCCUUUUCAGAAAGGUACACGUGGAGGAAGGUUGUUGUUUGAUGGUUGUUACAUACGGUACGAUGAAUACAGUUUCUUUAACGAGAGUCUUGGUAAUCAAGACACGACCGUGUGUGGAAAUAAUGAAACUAAAACAAGUAGUAAUGUUUAUGAAGCGAAUGUUUAUGAAUUGCUGAGGAAUUUGAGUGUGUUGGCGCCGAAAAACGGUGGAUUUUCUGUUGGGUUUGUUGAGAGGAAGAAUGUAACGGUGUAUGGUUUGGCUCAGUGUUGGAAGUUUGUUACUGGUGGUAACUGUCGGAGAUGUUUGGAGGAUGCGGUUACUAGGAUUGGUUCUUCGUGUAGGAAGAAAGAAGAUGGACGGGUUUUGAAUUCUGGUUGUUAUUUGAGGCAUUCACCACACAAGUUCUAUAACAAUUCAAGUAGUAAUGAUGUUGCUGCUGGAAAUCGCGGACACCGAAAAAUGGCUAUAAUUUUGGCUGCAUCUUCUGCUGUCUUGGCUCUUCUUUUAGUUACUGCAACAAUGGGUUUCUUUAUAAGAAAGAAUGUAAUGAGGAAAAGAAGAGAGAGAAAACAAUUUGGGACACUUUUGGAUACAGUGAAUAAAUCCAAGCUAAAUGUUCCAUAUGAAAUUCUUGAAAAAGCAACAAAUUACUUCAAUGAUGACAAUAAACUAGGACAAGGAGGAUCAGGUUCAGUUUAUAAAGGAGUUAUGCCAGAUGGUAAUACUGUGGCUGUUAAAAGGCUUAGUUUUAACUCGACGCAAUGGGUGGAUCAUUUCUUCAAUGAGGUUAAUUUGAUUAGUGGAGUUCAUCACAAAAAUCUUGUCAAGCUUUUGGGAUGCAGCAUUACAGGACCUGAAAGCCUUCUUGUUUAUGAAUAUGUGCCUAACCAGAGCCUCUAUGAUUACCUAUCUGUUAGAAGCAUUUGUCAACCUCUUAGUUGGGAAGUGAGGCAUAAGAUCAUAUUGGGAAUUGCAGAAGGCCUGGCCUACCUUCAUGAGGAAUCACAUGUGAGAAUCAUUCAUAGAGAUAUAAAAUUAAGCAACAUUCUCCUUGAGGACGACUUCACACCCAAGAUUGCUGAUUUUGGACUAGCUAGAUUGUUUCCAGAAGACAAUUCUCACAUUAGCACGGUUGUCGCUGGGACACUGGGUUAUAUGGCUCCCGAGUACGUGAUUCGCGGGAAAUUGACUGAGAAAGCAGAUGUUUAUAGCUUUGGAGUUCUAGUUGUUGAAAUUGUGUCUGGCAAAAAAAACAGUUCCUAUGUUCUGAAUUCAUCUUCUAUCCUACAAACGGUUUGGAACCUUUAUGGAUCAAAUAAGCUCUCUGACAUAGUUGAUCCAAUCCUAGAAGGUAAUUUUCCUGAAGAGGAAGCAUGCCAAAUGCUUCGGAUAGGAUUGCUUUGUGCACAAGCAACUGCAGAGUUGAGACCAUCAAUGUCAGUAGUUGUUAAAAUGAUUAAUAACAAUCAUGAAAUUUCUCAGCCAACGCAACCGCCCUUUAUUUAUUCUAGUAGCUCUGAACUCAGCAAAUCUGCUUCACAAAGACGAUGUAAUUUUCUUCCACAAUCCAACACUCAAUCUUCAGGCGAUACAAUGACCGAAAGCUUGGUUGACCCUAGCAUGGAAUUGUCCUUACUGAAAUCUCCGAAUUGA